UCGUUCAUUCCAAACAAUCCCAAAAGUUGGGAAAAGAAGAGAGAAAAUGUUCGGGUGGGGCAAACAAAUAUAGUGAGAAAGGCAACUACUCCGUACAACACAAAAUUUGUUUUCUAUUUUCUGGUCUACUUCUGUGACAAUUGGAACAACAACGAGCUUAGAGUCAGGACUCAGAAGUCAGCAAAAAAAUCAGCAGUAUUCAACCUUCCUACCCAACUGUAAAAAGGGUGUAGAAAUUCAGAUAAUUAAGUCAACCAUUGCUUAAUUAGAAGCUCAAUAUACUAUUGAGUGAUUGAAAUAAGGUAAAAAGUGGAUAGUGUGUAUCAGACAGAAAUUAUGCAACAUUUACUUGGUCAUUGGAGAUAAUAUACACUCCAGCGUUUGGAUGUUUCAUGCUUGAGAAUUGGGGGAGUCCGGUGACAUGUCUACUGAUAAUGGUACACCAAAUUCUAUCAGGCAUGAUACUGGAAAUUCUGCUUCAUGGGGUUUGAAAGGAGAUGGCAGUUUUAAAAAUCCCGAGGAACAAAAGGAACUUUCUGGGCAAGCCAGGACACAAGAACAUGAGAUAUCUUUUCUUAGGGGGGAAGUUACUCAAGCCCAUAUCAAGGAGAUGCAGCUGCUGAAUGAGAAGUAUGCUCUGGAGAGGAAGUUUUCUGAUUUGCGUAUGGCUAUGGAUGAGAAGCAAAAGGAAUCGAUAACGUCAGCCUUGAACGAAUUGGCUCACAGAAAAGCUGACCUCGAUGAGAAUGUAAGACUAACCAAUGAUUUGAAGGAUGCAGAAGAACAGAGAUAUAUUUUUAUGACAUCUUUGGUUGGAUUAUUAGCUGAAUUUGGCACAUGGCCAGGCGUCACAAAUGCUGCAUCCCUUUGCAUGAAUCUGAAGCACCUGUAUGAUAAACUGCACCUGAAUCUAGAAGAAAAAACAAGGGAGUUGAGGAUUCUUUCUCGUGACCAAUAUCAUAAGGGCAGUUCUCUAGCCAGCAGUGUAGAUGUUCUGUCUCCUAGCCGGCGUGUGAGAGAAAAUUCAACAGCAACUAAUCAUGUGUGGCGUGAAGUGAAUACUGGUACUGGGGUGUUGCUACCCGAAGAAGAGGGUCCUGGAAUAGAAGGUUUCCAAAUAACAGGUGAGGCUAAACCAGGAUUCAAGCUUCUUGGGUGUGGUUAUCCUGUACGAGGCACUUCUCUUUGCAUGUUUCAGUGGGUUCGUCAUCUCCAAGAUGGGACCAGACACUACAUUGAAGGUGCUACGAACCCAGAGUAUGUUGUUACAGCUGAUGAUGUUGACAAAAGUAUUGCUGUUGAGUGCAUCCCGAUGGAUGAGAAUGGCCGUCAGGGUGAACUAGUAAGACGCUUUGCCAAUGACCAGAACAAGAUAACAUGUGACCCAGAUAUGCAAGCAGAGAUUGACUCAUAUAUUUCUACAGGCCAAGCCGAUUUCAGUGUUUUAGUUCUGUUGGACUCGUUUGAAAACUGGGGAGCAGCAACUUUUAGUUUACGGCGUUCAGGCUUUCAAGUGAGGAUCAAUAAGACAGGAAAUGUUCAAAUUGCUGAGAAAUUCUCAGAGAACUUGUCGAUCAAGAUUCCUGGUGGAUUAUCAACACAAUUUGUUCUAACAUGUUCGGAUUUAACUUCACACCCUUUUAGCACAUACAAUGAUGUUCGAACGCGUGAUACUCUUGUGUUGACAAUAAGAAUGUUCCAGAGCAAGGCUCUGGAUGAUCGAAGGAAAGGGAAAGGACAUUUAUAAGUAUUUCUAUAUGAAACUGUACAAGCGAGGAUUACAGCAGUUUGGGACGCAUCAAUCAACUAUUAUGUUUUCUUGGUUGAAAUUUUGUAUUGUAAGUUAAAAUUUUGCAAUUAACUGAUGAUUUUUCUUACAUUUACAAAGAAGCAUAUAAUAUCAAUGAUUUCCUUCGUUCAUUCUUUUUCAAAAAAAAAAAGUCAGGAAAAACAAAAUGUGUACUUACAUUUAUACCAGAUUAAUGCUCUCUCAAAACUGUUAUUCUUACCAUGUUUAAAACUGUUGUAUUUUAUUUUAUGUUGAUGUUUUUAAAUACAGCCCUCUUGUUCCCUUCU